CUAAAUUCCAGUGUAGACGUACAACGUCAUAUCACAUCACAACAUCCUUUUUCAUUUCUCGUUCUCGUUUCGAACGUUCAAGAUGGCCAAGAGUAUACUAGGAGCCAUUAAUUUAGCUUUAAAAAAUAACCUUAAUUUAAAUUUUCACAGAAAUAUAUUUGAAUCGUCCUCUUUAUGUAGAGAUUUUCGGAAAAAUAAGCGACAGAAUAUAGUUAUCAAGGAAAAUACUGUUCCUCAAGAGAAAACUUUCGACAUUGAACCUGCCUGGAUCAAGAAAUGUGACUUCCCAGAUGAAAAUACCAAUAAUGUUCUUUUCAAUGGCAUUAAAUUUGCAGAUCUUCCAAUUGUGCAUAUUAGAGUCUCCAAAAACAACACUAUAUUUAUGUUGACUGAUGCAAUUGGUGGUACAAAGGAAGUAAGAAGUUGUGGCGUUGAAGGAUUUAAAAAUACUAAAAAAGGUACUAAUAUUGCUGCUCAGGCUACAGCUGUUACUUUUAGUUCAGCUUCUAUUAAAGGCUUGGAAAUGGGUGGAUUGGACAUAAUAUCUAUUACUGAUAAGACUCCAUUUGUAAUUGGUGGAAAUAGACCUAGGAAGCAAAGAAGAAUAUGAAUUGGCAUCCUUCAUGUUAUCAUUAUUCAUAUAAUUGUUAGUUCAUUUUGUAAAGAUAAUUAGAUCAAUAAAAAUCUUUUUUUUACCA